AUGAGUGAAACUGAUAUAUUAACUGCGCAAUUUAUCUCUGCUUAUACAUAUCUUAACAAACAUUCAAAUAUUAAGUUAUCUGAUGAAAUAAAAUUAAAGCUUUAUGGCGCUUAUAAAGCUGCAACAAUUGGCAUUUGCAACACACCAAAACCCUCUUUACUAGAUUUUAGAGGUAGAGCCAAAUGGGAUUCUUGGAACGAACUAGGUGACAUUGCAAAAGAGGAGGCAAAGCAACGUUAUAUUGAUAUUUUAGAACAAGCAAAUGUUGGAUGGAGUAGAGACCAUGUGGACAAUGAUGAAAAUUCGUCGGAUACUGAUGACAAUGAUAAAAUAGACAAUGGAACGAUGGAUACUCCACGAGAUAGAUGGACAUAUGUUUCCACUUUGUCAUAUGGAGAAGAAGAAGUAGAGACAAAUGAUGAUAUGUUUUCAUACGCCAAGCAAGGUAAGUCUUCUGAAAUAAGUGGAAUAUUAGAAUCAGGAGAAGCUAACGUAAAUGCUAAGGACGACCAGGGAUUGUCACUCUUACAUUGGGCUUGUGAUCGAGGACAUUUGGAUGUCGUCAAAUUAUUGAUUGAAAAAGGUGCUGACAUAAACAUUUUGUCAGAUGGAAAUGAGACUCCUUUACAUUAUGCAUGUAUUUCUGAGCAUUUUGAUUGCGCAAGUUAUUUGUAUAAAAAUGGCGCCAACAUUUUGCUUAAAGAUGAGGAUGGAUUAACAGCUUUUGAACAUUGUAGUAUUGAAUUUAAAAAUUCAAUUAUUCAAGAAUA